AUGCCACACAAAGCUGAUUCGAAGCUCCGCAUCGCGGUGCUGAUCAACAUGCUUCAGCACAAACCUGAGACGAGGGACUCGUAUAUCACGACCAUCACAGCGGUCAGGCCAGAGUCGGUCAUUGACUUCUACGAUCCGAUAGACAGCCAGAGCUACCCUGACGUCGAAAAAUACGAUCUCGUGGUGCUAAGCGGAGGGACCGCUGACAUCAACGCGCCUGAUCCAUGGGUGCUUCAAGAGUUAGAGUUUAUUAGGACUGUUGUUGCGUCUUCGGAUGUCAAACUUGUUGGAAUAUGCUGGGGCCAUCAAGCAAUCAACGUCGCGCUCGGAGGCAAGUUGACUAUGAUGGAAAAGGGACCUGAACUCGGCGUUACUACAUUGGACCUGACCGAAGAAGGCUCGGAGUUCUUCGACUUCGCCAAAGGAAAGGCUCAGGUGAACGUCCACGAGUUCCACAGACGCGAGCUUGCCGAGAACGCUGCAGGAUUCGUGCCGCUGGCGGCGAACAGGCAGAUCUUCAAGUCUCCCGACAACAGAAUCUUGACGUUUCAGGGCCACCCAGAGAUGAACGCAAAGCUGGCGCAAGCGGCAUUGGCGGAUGCGCCCGCGUACACGCAAAUGUUCUCUGCUGAGCAACUGUCGGAAAUCUCAAAGAAGAUGGAGAGGGAGCAGGAUGGCGUGGCUAUUUUUGAGCGCGUACUUCGCUGGGUUGAUGAGAAAUAA